AUGGCGCUGGCUGUUGAGCGAACAUCGGAAGAAAGUCGGUGGCCUGCCCCCCCUGCUGAAGAUAUUGAAAGAUGGAAGUUGCACUGCUUGAAGCUAAGUGACUUGCCAGUUGAGCAGGAUGAGUCAUCGACCGAGUCCCCCGAGGAUAGGAAGGCGUGCAGUGGACCCGCCCGCGAUGGAGCUGCAGUUUCACGAUCAAUGGAUACGUCUCUACAGCAGGGGCAGCCGAGAUCUUCUCUUACCGCGAACAAGUCUUCCUCACAGGAGGCCUCGUCUGCCGGGAUCAAACGCCUUGUUAGUGCGAACAGCAGGAAGGCCAAUGGCAUGCAGGAAGUUCGGGGUUCAAGUCGCCAACCGUAUUGCCCAAAACUCAUGAUCUGCCUUGUAAGGAGGACGUUGAGAAGCAAGGUUCGGGGCGUCUGCGCCGGUCUGGGGACCAAACUGAGAGGACUGUACCUCUGCCCAGCCACCAUGACUCGUCUGCGGGACCACGAACAAUCAAGCGCGGAGCUGACUCGAUGUUGCAAGCUGCAAGCAAGAAAGCUAAAGAGUCGUCUGCUCGAGCAAAGAGUCCUCCAGUCGCGCGAACUGCUGGUUUGGGGAUUAGUGAUAGCUCUGUUGGGGGUGAGCCUGUGUCUGAUCUGCUGA